AUGAGUAUGCUUUGUUCUUACCUCGUUUUGAAGCAAAUAAAUUACAUUAAUUAUUCUAGGGUCUAUAGUGGGCCAUCUUUCGUUCGUCAUUAUCCGGGACAAUCAAUAUAAAUUUGCCGGCCAAAGGAGAAGGGCUACAGUUGAAGUGAAAGAGGAAAUUGCAGAAAAUAAUUUUCUGGCGUAAUAACUUGAUCUUUUUACCAUUUUGUUUUUGGUUCUAGUCGGACACGAAAACGGAGAGAAAAAAAAGCCACAAAGCACAAUUAGAUACACAGUUAAUUUCAAAUAUUUUGAAACAGGUUUGUAUGUGUGGCCGUACAUUAAUUUUGAAUAGUUGUGUAGUCUACGUAGUACAUUCGGUGAUUGUCACGAAUUCAAUUCUUCUCCUACAACAAUUGACAUCGCCAGCUUGAGCUUUUGCAUUUUUAGCUUUCCGUAGCUGAUAAUUCAAGUCUUAACUUCACACGAAAGAUAUGGCCCUUGAUUUGCAUCCUAUUAGAAUGAAAUUUGAUUCUGGUAAAGAGCGACUCUUUGUCGCACCGUGAAAACACCGAAAUAACAGAUGUUUCUAUAUUUGCCCCUAAUUGCUAUUUCAUGACAGAGGCACCCAGAGGUUCCCGGGAGAAAGAAUAAUUUUUUUUGACCCAAUAGAAAAUUUCCUGAUGCAUUUAAAGUGAGUAAGUCUUUAUGCGCUUGUUAGUUACGAAGUCAGGCUUCAGUAAUCCUUGCCAUUUUUCGUUGCAAGAACAGAAACCUACCAGAAAGAGGAAAUGCCGAGGACUGAAUUAUGUCGACAGCAAAUUUCAGUAGCGGUGGAAGUCACACGAAACCAUUUGGAGAACUACUAUGCUCUCCCUCAUUGGCGGGUGGGCUUCAACAACAACUAUCAAUUUGUUUCUUAACGGUUGACAUUCUUCUCUCCAUCACAGCAUUUGCUGGAAAUUCCCUUAUCCUUGUGGCUCUUCACAAGGAAUCUUGCCUGCAUCCGCCGUCCAAACUCCUGUAUCGUUGUCUGGCAACCACUGAUCUGUUGGUUGGUCUUGUUGUCCAGCCUCUUUAUGCUGCAUAUUUGAUGUCGGUGGUUCAAGAACAGUGGAGCCUUUGUCGAUACGCAUAUUACGCAGUCUUCAUCACCGGUAGUGUAUUGUUUUUGGUAUCUCUGAUGACGAUGACAGCCAUUAGCGUGGACAGACUUCUCGCCCUGAUGUUGGGGCUGAGAUACAAACAAAUUGUAACUUUGAAGCGCACGUAUAUUAUUGUAACUACCUUUUGGGUUUUUACUCUUGUCGCCUCUUUAUGUGGAAUUUUUUAUCGCCGUAUAAUCCUUUUGUAUAGCAGGCUAGUUACAUCAUUUUGCCUGAUAAUAUCACUCAAAUCGUACGCAAAGAUUUUUUGCACUCUCAGAUAUUAUCAAGCACAAGUAGGAGAUCAACAACAGUCGAGCCAAACAAAAGCACAGAACAUGGCACGAUUCAGAGAGGCAGUGUACAGUGCACUUUGGGUGGAGUUAGCAUUAGUUGUUUGUUAUGUACCAAUAUAUGUACUGGGAAUUGUGAUCACUCAUACUAAAAAAUAUUCAUUACUCUCGGUUGUCACAUGGGAAGUAGCAGUUACUUUACUUUACUUUAACUCGACGUUAAACCCGUUCCUAUACUGCUGGAAGAUUAGUGAAGUGAGACAAGCAGUGAAGCACACAGUUAGACAAGCACUUUGCUGAGUAAGAUCUUCCUUGAGUUCUUCAGACUUUCAAAGCAAACUCAUUAAGUCAUGAUUAUUAUUAGAGAGAAGUCGUUAAAUACGAUUUUUGGAUAAAAGUAAAUAAGUGGCUUAAUAGAAUAGUUGCACAGGCUGUUGUCGAUAGUCUUUAUAUCUCUGACAACAAUUUAACGACGGACUAAGUAACCCUAGCUAUGUGUUUUCAAAAAUAAGGUUUCUUGCCGCUAUGCUAAAAUACAAGAUGUCAUAAUCGAAGAAAAGAUAUGCAAACAUUUUACUUUCAUGUUUUCUCCUCUUAGUAAUAUGAAGGCAUUAGAUAAAACUUCAAAUAGUAGUUUAAGAGAUGUGUUUGAGGCCGAUGGUGUGUGCUACGAUAAAACUAUUUCAACUACUUUUCCUAUAAUUAAAAGAAAACGCUUGACGUUGAUGUUGACGCCGUAUUUCCAAAAGAGACGGUCCAAUUUGUUUGUUUUGUGAUCAGAAUAUUAUCCGUAAAGCUUAUGUGAAGAAGUUUUUGCUACUUGUAUAUUUACCUGAAGGUUACGAAAGUAUACGGAAUAAAAUUGACCAUCUCUGUUUAUUACAGAAUUUUUUACAGAUCGAUCGAUGUUCUGAAAUUAUAUUGGCAACGGCGAAAACAAGUUUCGCAUCAUUUGUAUAGAGAUCACUAUAUGUCCAGUUUGUCGCUGGUGUAUCCUUAAGUUGUCUGUGAGUUUUACGGAAUUUAUUUCCUCCAUUUCCGAGCGAUUAACUGCUGUCCCUAAGUUCCCCAAUUUUUUUUUUUUUUUAUUCAGUUUUUUUCAAAGCUUUUGUAUGAGCUCAGAGUUUGCUUCAAUAUUAUACCAUCUAAUUAUCGCCCUAAUAACGACAUGUUUAUUUCACCCGUUAAAGAAGUGAUGAUAUCGAUCUUUUAAGACUUAGGAGUCCCAUAACGUAUUAUAAAACAAAAAAAUAUAGCCCAUGUCUUUGUGUUUGUCAAGGGAAUUCACUUUCAACGCUAAUUUGAAAUUAAACUGAAAGGUCACUUACUGAAAUCAACAGCUGGUUGCGACGAACAUGUUCUCGUUUAAUUAUCAAGGUACUGAAUUAUCAGAUAGGAUCAGAAAGAAAAUUCCCUGGGAAAGAACUCUUGUUAAAGGAAGGAUUGACGCAUCUUGUAGCGAUUAAGUCUUUCGUCUGACUUUUCUGUCAGCUAAUCCUCCGUUGGUAAAUGAAAUGACUGAUUUGAAGCCGGAAUAAAAUGUUGAAUCUAUAGAGAGUAAUUAUUUUGCGAAAACUAAAAUUUUUCCAACUUAAAACGAGGCGGCGAAUCUGUGGUGGUUAACUAAUUUUUCCUAAUCUUUGACAGGGUAUUUUUAAAAAUUGCUUCGUGCGUCAGUGAGCGGUCAUUAAUAUACGAUGCACACAGGAAGUUUGGAGAGCUGGAAAGAUACGCUGGAGUAGCUUAACACGCAACCAAGAGUGAUCGUAGGUUCAUAAAUAAUAAAUGCUGUUUAUGUAGGUCUAACAAGGUGUAGUUUUUAACUAUUCACUUCACCUUCGGUGAAUUGUUAAAUAUUUUAAUCGAGUGUUGAUAGUUUUUAAGUAUCCAUUCCUUCAUUUUCCUUCUCGAUCAAUAGAUUAUCAUGUUCAAUUUAGCAUAAUCAUAUAACUCUGGUUAUCGGAGGAGAAUGGCAAAUCGCUCAGGGGAAUUACGACAUGAAGAAUUCAGUCACAGCUAUGUACAUGGAAGCGUUGGCAGAGGAAAAUUUAGGCGAACUUUGUUAUGUAAUUUUUUCCAGGACUAUCAUUUUAAAAUUUUUGGCGAAAGGAGGAGAACAAAUAGAGAAUGUAAAAGAAACAGCGAAAAAUUGUUUAAAAAAGUAAUUUCCUGCUUUUCUUCUGUUUUGUUUCUCGUUUUGUCCGAGACGAAACGGAGCUAAAAGAGCCACUAAAUGUUACUAAUGACGCUGUUUAAUUCAAACAUUUUGAAGUAAGUUUGCAUCUGUUGCAAUGGCUCAACCUUAUUCACGUAAAUGAUAUGGACAUUUGAUUGCCACCCAAUAUCGAUCAACUAUGUUGUGUAAACAUCGGCCCUCGAUGGUUCCAUGUUCGAAUUAUUAGCACUGCGGCACGACGUUCCUUCGCCCCGGGUCGUGUUGCUCAAAGUCUCAAACUUAUUCACGGGCGAAGUAACUCGUACUGAAGCCUUGAUAGUGAGUGCCUUCUCGCAAGCUAAAUAAAGCGGAAUUGUUUGUUGCAACAUGAAAAAAUAAUCUUAAAGAUGUCUUUAAAUAUUUGCCUCUUAUUGUUAUUUCAUACGUGAUGUUCAGCAGUAACAAGUUAGGAACAUAAAAAGGCUUUUUUGACAUAACAAACAAUUUUCAGACAUAUUUCAAACGUGUAAACAAUAGUCAGGAAGUUUUUAUUUGAGAUGUCACGUAGGAAAUAGGGUUCCAGAAAUCAUCGUUGUGCAAUUGGCGUGUAAACGAAAUAUUUUUCUCGUUUCUAUCACAGAUUUCUAAUUUUGAAAUAUUUGUUAUAUCCAGUUUAAUACUGGUCUGUGAUUAAGUUUUCUUCAAGUUUUAUUGAUCCAAUGUCUCCGAGUGAUUAAUUAUUCCUAACUUUCGCUCCUUUUUCUUUGAACUCGUUCCAUGAAGCCUUUUAGGAAUUCAGAAUUCACCACAAUACAAGGGUAAUCUUUGCACUUAAUUACCUGCCCAAAAGAAUGACAGUAUAUUUAAAUAUAUCCCUUAAACCGCUUAUGUUGUCAUCUCAAAAGUGACCAAAGAGAGUUUCUUUAUCAUAUCGUCAAACAAAAAUAUUACCGAUGUCUAUGUGCUUGCCAAAGGAAUUAACUUUUAAUGCUAAUUUAAAGUUAAAUUCAACUUAACCUACUGGAAUAUUAAUAAACUGCUGGUUGCGACAGAUAUAUGCUUGUUUAGUUUUAAAGCUGCCGUUGCUACAAUAAGUUGAAGAAGAGUAAUAAUCGCAUUUUUCAGUGUUUAAAUCACUUCUUAAGAAUAUUUAGUAACCAUAUCUGCUCUUGUAAGAAACAUUUUAGAUCGAAAAUGAAAAAAUAUAAAGUUCGAAUAAAAAUUGGUAUCAAAGAAGUGAAUAUUUUGUCUUGUUCUCGCGCGUUUCCCGCAGUAUGUUUGUCUGUAUUGUGAGUCCAUAUUACCACUUUGUGAUAUUUCCCUUUCGUAAUUAGCCUUUGAGUUCUUAAUCCGGCUUCUAGACUUAAGCACUUGAAAUAUAUUGCGAUAUGAGCCAGUCACAGGGCCAGUUAUAAACUUGAAUUUGUUUUUUUUUUGUUUUUUUGUUUUUAGCUGAAAAUGUUCAUAAUUAUGAAUUUUGGAGAUGUUGUCACUUUAGAAACAAUGUGUUAUCAUUUUUACGAAAUUGAAAUCGCCGUCCAAACUCUUGUAUCGUUGUCUGUCUGUCCGGGGACGAAAACCGGAAAGAAAAAACCCGUCCUUACAAAUUGAUUCAAACAUUUAAAAAUACGUUUGUAUCUGUGACCAAAAUUUAAAUUUGAAUUGUUUGAUGUAUUCGCAGAUUGUCUCAAAUCCAACUUUUCUAAGACCAAAUAAAACCACCAGCUUGAAAUUUUUAUUUCCAAUUUUUCAUGGCUAUUAACGAUACAAGUCUGAACUUCACACGAAUGAAAUGGACACCAGGUUAGCACCCUAUCAGUGAAAGUUGAUCUAGAUAAAAGGAGAUUGUUCGUCGUUCUUUUAAAAGAAUGAUACCACAGAUGUCUCUCCAUUUUCUACUUAUUUCCAUUUCAUACCUGAGGCACUUCAAAGGUUCAAUUUUUGAACACAACUGACAAUUUUCUGAAGAUUUUAAAUGAGUUAACGCUGAUGAGGAAUUCUCUACGUGUAUGAAUAUCAUUAACUGAAUUAUGAGGUUUCAUUGAUCGUGGCUGGAUGUGGGCUGUUUAGACGACAUAUUACUCGUUGCAAUCUUAGAUAACCUACAAAAAAAUUGAAGAAGAGUUGGAACAAAGACGAAAACAAUUGAAGAACUGCUAUGCUCCCCCUCUUUAGUGGGUGGGCAUCAAUCAGCAUCACUUUUAAACCUGAGGCAAACCACAGCUGCAAAUUUCUGAUGCAUUUUAAAUGAUUAAACGUUAAUGAGGAAGUCAUUAUGUGUUUAUUAAAGGAGGUUUCAGUUAUCAUCGUUCGGCGUGUGCUGUUUAGACAAAGUGUUUCUUUUUGCUAUAACUGAAAACCUCAGUGCAAGAAAAAGGAAACGAAUUCAGAGUAAUGCCGACAACAAAUUUCAGUAGCGGUGGAACACAGAAGAAAACAUUCGAUGAACUGUUAUGCUCUCCCUCUUUCGUGGGUGGGCUUCAAUCAGCAUCAGUUUCUUUCGCAGCAGUCAAUACUUUGCUCUCCAUCACAACAUUUCUUGGUAAUUCUCUUAUCCUUGUUGCCCUUAACAAAGAAUCUCCCCUUCAUCCGGCGUCCAAGUUCUUGUAUCGUUGUCUGGCAACAACUGAUCUGUUGGUUGGCCUUGCUGCUCAGCCUCUCUAUGUUACUUAUUGGAUGUCCAUGGUUCACGAAUACGGCAGUCUUUGUCAUUACGCAGCGGAAACAGAUAUCAUAACAAGCUCUGUAUUAUGUGGAGUUUCUUUGCUUACGAUGACGGCAAUAAGCGUGGACAGACUUCUCGCCCUGUUGUUGGGCCUGAGAUACAAAGAGAUUGUAACUUUGAAGCGCAUUUAUGUCACUGUAGCCACCUUUUGGUUGUUUUGUCUUGUCGCCUCUAUAUGCGCCAUUUUUGAUCAGCGUAUAAUUGUUUUGUAUUACUGGAUAUUGAUACCACUUUCACUGCUUAUUUCACUCGCCUCGUAUACGAAGAUUUUUUGCACUCUAAGACAUCAUCAGGCUCAAGUACAAGAUCACGUUCAACAACAGCCGAGGCAACCAAAUGCACUGCACAUGACACGAUACAGAAAGGCAGUGCACAGUGCACUGUGGGUACAGUUAGCAUUAGUUGUUUGUUAUACACCAUUCUUUAUUGUAGGAAUUGUAGUCACUGUAGGUAAAACAUAUUCCUCGCAUUUAAGCGUCGCAUUUGCAAUGGCAACUAUCUUAGUUUACUUUAACUCGACGUUAAACCCGUUUCUUUACUGCUGGAAGAUUAGUGAAGUGAGACGAGCAAUGAAGCUGACAAUCCGACAAGCACUUUGCUGUCCAUGGAGUUAG